AUGGCCGCAGACGACUCUCGAGCGCGGACUGCAUCGCGCGCUCAGGCAGCAGCAGCAGCGGCGGCAACAGGAGGAGGAGGAGGAGGAGGAGGAGGAGCCGACCGAUUCGACUCUGGACGCAACCCCGGAUCGCCCGAGAACGACCCAGCCGAUCGCGAGCAGGACGACGACGAGGUCGACCAGGAUGAGCUCGACGACGAAGGAGAGGAUGGCACGGAGAGCGAGGGCGGAGGAGCGAGGGGUUCCGAGCCUGGGACCGUCGCGGCGACACCGGCUGUCGAAGAUGACCACGGACGCGGCUUCUCCGCGCCUGUAGCGACGGGCGGCAAGUCGCAAGCGUCGUUCGUGCACAAGGUUUGGGCCAUGCUCGAAGACCCUUCGCUGCGGAAAUACAUCGCCUGGAGCGAAGACGGCAAAUCGUUCCUCGUCUUCAACCCCUCCGAGUUUGCGCGCGAGGUCCUCCCGAGGUACUUCAAGCAUAGCAACUUUUCGAGCUUCUUGCGGCAGUGCAACUUCUACAACUGGUCCAAGGUCAACGACGCCCUCAGCUCCUCGAACCACUUCACCAACCCCGACGGCUCGCAAGGCCAAGCGUGGGAGUUCCGCAACCCCUCCUUCCAGCGCGGCCGACCGGACCUCCUCGCGCGCAUCAAGCGCAAGACGGCCAAAUCCAGCGCCGCGAACAGUCCUGCCGCAGCAAGACGACGAGGAUCCGUCUCUGUCAACGUCGCUGCUACUGCGCCGUCUCGUGCGUCGAAGCGCGAUUUGGGUGGGCUGGUGGAUGGCGCAGCGGCAGCGGCUCAGGCGUUGCAGGAGGACCGGACGGGCGACGCGGCGUCCUCGACCGCUGGGUAUGCGGGAAGCGCGGCGAGCACGCCUAACGUGCCCGGUGGACCGACGAGGGAGGACUAUGUCACGGUGCCGAAGCGGGUUGCGGCGGGAUUGGCCGAGUUUGCGCCUUACAAUGGCGAGGUGCAGCCUGCGAUUCGGCUCAAGGAGGAGAAUGGUGAACGACCAGCCUCGACGCAGCACUCUCCGCCCAACUCGCGCCAUCCCGCCCCUCACCCCUCGCAUAUGAACCACUACACGCAACCUCAGCCCUCAUACUCGCCGGGCACUCGCCCGUACCCCCUCCCGGCCUCCUACUCGACCUACCGCUACCCCUAUGGCGACGACCAACUCGCGCGACAGGUCCACUACCUCGAGGGACAGGUUCGGUCGCUCGCGGACGCGUUGCAUUAUACGCAGCAGGAGUCGGCGGCCGCGAGGGCGAUGUCUUACGAUGCGCUGCAGUCGCUCAUCGGAGUUGUGGCGAGUCUGGACCCGGACGGUCGACGAGCAGAGGAGCUCCAAGCGGUCGCUUACGCCGUUUCGAAGCUCAAUGCCGACGUCUCGCCCAGCACGCAGAACCCGAACCCGUUCGGCUACGCCUCGUCCGGCUCGUCCUGGCCGCCCAGCAACGGCACCUACCCGUUCCCAACGCCUCGACCCUCGACCAGCGCCUCGCAGUUCUACUACAACCGCGUUCCAGCCGUCGAGUCGUACACUCGCACGUCUCGACCCGACUCUAGGCCCGACCCCGCUGCUCCUACGCACCCUCACCAUCCCGCCGAAUCGGCUCCCUAUCCUCCUCAGCCUCAGCCUCAGCCCGACGCCGGACGAGCGCCACACGCCGCGACUGAGCAGGCGACGUCGUACCCCUCGCCUCGAAUGAGCUGGGGUGCGCUCAACCCGCCGACGUCGUCCUCCUCGUCCGCGCACCCUCCGCCUUCUACCGCCGCCGCUCCAGCACACGACAAGGCGCUCGGCAAGACGACCUCCCUGCCGCCCUUGUCUGCCCUGCUCAACCCGGCUGGCGGACCACCCUCCUUCGGCGGUCGGCGUGCAUUCGACGCUCCUGCCGAAGAGAACGGCGAGCCGGCGGCGAAAAAGCAGCGGCAAUAA